AUGGCGGAGGGCGGCGCGGAGGAGGAGGCGGCGGCGGCGGCGGGGGCUCCGCGUCGGGCGGGUCCGGCGGGGCUGCCCGGGCACCGCAGCGCGGAGCGCGCCCUGGAGGAGGCGGUGUCCACCGGCAGCCUCAACCUCUCCAACCGGCGCCUGAAGCAGUUCCCCCGCGGGGCGGCCCAACAGUUCGACCUGUCCGACAUCACCCACGCAGACCUGUCCCGAAACCGGUUUCCCGAGGUGCCCGAGGCGGUUUGCCAGCUGGUCUCCCUGGAGGGCCUGAGCCUAUAUCAUAACUGUCUGCGGUGCCUGAAUCCCGGGCUGGGCAACCUCUCCGCCCUCACCUACCUCAACCUCAGCCGGAACCAGCUGUCGUCGCUGCCACCGUACGUGUGCCGCCUGCCCCUCCGCGUCCUCAUCGUCAGCAACAACAAGCUGGGGGCCUUGCCCUCCGAGCUGGGCGCCCUGGCCGGCCUGCGCCAGCUGGAUGUGAGCAGUAACGAGCUGAAGGCCUUGCCCCCGCAACUGAGCGGCCUCGAGGCCCUGCGGGACCUGAACGUCCGGCGGAACCACCUCAGUGCCCUCCCCGAUGAGCUGGGGGACCUACCCCUGGUGCGCCUCGAUUUCUCCUGCAACCGGGUGGUCCGCAUCCCCGCCUCCUUCCGCCGCCUGCGUCACCUGCAGGCCAUCCUGCUGGACAGCAACCCGCUGCAGAGUCCCCCGGCCCAGAUCUGCCUGAAGGGGAAAUUCCACAUCUUCAAAUACCUGUGUACCCAGGCCGGGGGAGGUCGGGGGGACCCCGGGCUGGGGGAAUUGGAGCCCGCCCCCCCGUCCUCUGGCUUCAGCCCCUGCCCGGCCGAAGAACCGUUCCCCGGACGGCCCAGCGGAGGACUGGAUUCCGGCUUUCACAGCGUCGACAGUGGCAGCAAACGGUGGUCGGGGAAUGAGUCGACGGACGAGUUUUCCGAAUUGUCGUUCCGGAUCUCGGAGCUGGCACGGGAGCGCCGCGGGCCCCCCGAGCGCAGGGAGAACGGGGCUGGCGAUGGGCACUCUGAGCGGGUAGACUUCAUCGACAGCAACGAGGAGGAAGAGGAGGAGGAUCAGGAGGACCGCUCACCGCCCAAGGAGCAGCGGGAGGAGGAGCAGAGCUCCCUCGGCAAGAGGGAGGCAGAGAGAGAGGAGAGGAGGCGCCUUCCACCCCCAACGACCAGGCGGGAGGACCCGGCGGGGGAGGAGCGGCGUCGGCCGGACACCCUCCAGCUGUGGCAGGAGCGGGAGCGGAGGCAGCGGGAGCAACAGCAGCAAGGGACGCCGCGGGGACCGCCGCUCAAGAGGGACAGUUUCCGGAAGGCCACGAGCGGAGCCCCCGGGGGCAGUGCCAGCAGCCCGGCCACCCACAACGGUCCCCCCGAGGGCAGUGCCCCUCCGCCCGGAACCUCUGCGGUGCUCCCGUCCCCCGAUCCGCUCCCCUCCGCGGGGCCAGCCUCGGCCCCGUCCCCCAGGCCCCCCGGCUCCAUCCAGAGGCCCAACAGCUUCCUGUUCCGUUCCUCUUCCCAGAACUGCCUCCAGCCCGGGAGCCCCGGGGCCCUCCCACCCAGUCCGACCUCCCCCGACUCCUGCUCCUCCUCCUCUUCCUCCUCCUCCGGCCUGAGAUCCCGGCGCCCGCUCCCAACCCUGGAUGAGAGAGAGACCACAUCCCAGCUCCGCCAGGUGCUGGAGUCGCGGCUGCAGGAGUCGGUGCCCGGGGACCUGGGCGAGGCCCUGGCCAACGGGGUCCUGCUGUGCCAGCUCGCCAACAAGCUGCGGCCCCGCGUCGUGCCUUUCAUCUACGUGCCCUCGCCCGCCGUGCCAAAGCUCAGCGCCCUCAAAUGCCGCAAGAACAUAGACAGCUUCCUCGAGGCCUGUCGGAAGAUGGGACUGCCCGAGGCCGAACUGUGCCCAGCCUCCGACCUCCUCCGGGGCAGCGCCCGCGGCCUGCGCACGGCCCUGGACGUCUCGCGGAGGGCGCUGGGGGCGGGGGACCCCGGCCCGCCCCCGCCCGGGCCCGCCCCCGCCGACCUGGCCGGCUUCGCCCUGUUCUACGUCGCCCUUAUGCUGCUGCUCUAUGUGGCCUACGCGCGGCUCGUCGGCCCCUAGGACCCCCGCCCCGGGACGCCGGGACCCCCCCCCUCACACACACACUGUGCCUAUUUAUAAGCCUUCCCCUUCUUCCCCGUGGCCGGGCCAGCUUGCCGGACCAGAGGUGCCUUCAAUCCCCGGGCCGGAGCCCCAUCCUUGGCUGUCCGUGUCCACCCCCACGCCGCUGACCUCACAGCCCG